AUGGCUUCCGACGACGUUACCGACUUCGAGGUGAUUGAAGGCCAGAAGGAAAACAUCCAGAGCAUCCCCAGCGGACGCUCCGCAAAAGCGCUCGCGCAGCUAUACACGCCACCAUUGACUUCCGGCGCUGGUCAGACCCUGUCCCCUUCGCAGAUGCAAGAUGCGAAUAGCGCGGCCCGCCUCAAGUUCGAGAAGGAGCUCAUGGCGAUUGACGACUCAGACGACCCGCUAGACGUUUACGACCGCUAUGUCAAAUGGACACUCGACUCGUACCCCUCCGCACAAAACACACCUCAAUCGCAACUCUGCCCGCUGCUCGAGCGCGCAACCAAAGCCUUCCAAUCCUCGCCGCAGUACAAGAACGACGCCCGCUACCUCAAGCUGUGGCUGCACUACAUCCAUCUCUUCUCAGAUGCGCCGCGCGAGACAUUCGCAUACCUUGCGCGACACAACAUCGGCGAGAACCUUGCGCUAUUCUACGAAGAAUUCGCCGCCUGGCUAGAAGGCGCGGGCCGCUUCACACAAGCAGAGGAGAUAUACAACUUGGGUAUCGACCGCGAGGCCCGCCCAGUCGAGCGCCUGAUUCGCAAGUACGGAGAAUUCCAGCAUCGCCUCGAGAGCCGCCCGCAAGAGGUUCCCGAGCCUUCAAGCCCCGCACUUCCCGCCGUUCGUCCAGCCCUCGCCGCUAAGAUGGACCCCUUUGCGCAUGCAUCGCCGAGUGCGCCGAGCCCACAACCACAAAGUGCGCCAAAAUCUGCUGGAGGCGCUUCUCGUUCGGGGAAGGCGAAGCUUGCCAUCUUUUCCGAUGGCGACGAUGCCGCGAGGCCCGGCUCGACCGGUAGCAUAGAAGGAUGGGAUAGCAUUGGAUCGCUCGCAGACCGCAAGAAGGAGAACGCAACAGAAGCGCGGCCUUGGGCUGGUGAGACUCUGAAGGUCGGAAAGAAGAAUACGGGCGUGCCAAAGAUGUCAAUCUUCAAGGAUGAGACCAAAUCAAAUCCAAAUGACGAGAAUGUCAGCCCCCAUCCAUUGCGUGAACAUCAACAAGCGGUCAAUCCAAGGACAGGCAGGCUUGAGGUAGUCUUUGUAGAUUUGGAGCAAGUGUACCCCAACCAUGAAGAUCCCAUGUCAGAGGAAUACUCAUUUGAGGAACUUCGAGCUAAAUACAGGGGAUGGAUGGACCACGAUUGGGAUGCUAUCCGACGCAAGGAACAGAAGCAGGCAAGGAAAGCAGCUGAAGAGGCAGAAGCAGCUGCAAGACCGAAGCCAAAGGCCGCGCCUCUAGCGCCCAAACAGGAUUACGAACAGCCUCCUAAGCCCAAGACCGUGCCCCUGAAAGGCAGCGUUGACGAUGAUAUGAACAACGACGAAAAUGCGCCGCCUUCACAGGCAGAUGUAGACAAGGCACGGGCUGCUAAGAAGGCGAGACGAGAGGAGCGUGCCAACAGGACCAGGAAAAUCAAGGUCAUGGAAGUCAAAGAAGUUCGCGGAGAGACUCAGACAAUCCAAGCCAACCUGGAUUCUCCAGCGAAGCCCAAAAUCCGGCGAAAGAAGACAGGCCCGGAGACCACAAUGACCCUCCACACCAAGGAAGCUAUGGACGAGAUCUACGACAUAUUCAACGAGCCACUGAGAAACGCCGACGAGAAUACUUCGGAGAAUCAGAGCGGCGAUGAAAGCAGCGGCGACGAUGAGGACGACUACACGAGUGGUGCCGAAAGUACGGCAACCGGUCGCAUAUCCGGCGCUACGAGCGAGUUCGGGGAUGAGACAACAGCUGGAGAUUUUACGCUCGGCACCAGGGUGCUGGAUGUUGAUGCCGAGGAUGAAAGCGAUUCCGACGCUUCGGAUACCAAGAGUGCGUCUGCGUGGUCUGACUUUACUGAGAGCAAGCACGUGCCUAAAGAUGGUCAAGAGGAUGAAUCAGAUGAUGAGUCUGAGCAAUCGGAUCAGUCUCAGAACGAUUCUUUUAAUGAGGUAACACGCGCAGAUGUCGACGUGGAACAGCAGCAAGAUUCUGACGUCGUCACUCCGACCUCGCCCUCAGCGCCCACAUCGCUACCUACCCGCUUCGUUCCCGUUCCACCGGAAGACUACGUCCCAGCUAUGCAGCCCUACCGAGACCCGGCCCAGGCUGCUAAUAACCGUCUGCCGUUUAUGACGCCCAUCGUCGAGAAGACGGAAUCAUCCCUAGGCAUCGCCACCGCUUAUGCAAACAAGGACUAUUUUACUCCUGCGACCAAGACACCAUCACGAUCGAAAGGUACCACUGACAUCCUUGAAGACGACGACGAUGAUGAUACUUGCGGUAGCGCGUUCUCAGAUAUCUUGAGUCAAGUGAUUGAUGGUUCAGGGAAAGUUGCGAAGCUCGCCCUGACAGAAUCGAAACCAGUACCUAAAGAGCCCAUCGCCGAACCGCAACGGAAGCCGUUGGCUGCGAAAGAGGUUGCGCCAAAACCAGUAAAGCCAAAUGGUCCAAUCAUUCAGGAUGCACAGUGCAAUCCGGUCGACGAGAACAUCCGCAAGGUCAUCCUACAAGAAAUCCAGCCACCACUCGAUAGCUACGACGGCUACUACGCAGACACCGAAGAGAGCUACGGAAAAGGAGCCGACAUUCGCAAGUAUACCAAGGCUCUGAAAUCGGGCAAGGGCGCGAACGACAAGACGGCCAACCUUGCAGUCUGUCCCACGUUGAAGUUUCCCACAACUCAGCGGACAUACGCCGUCAAACGCGAGCUUGGGAAAGGUGCUUUCGCCCCAGUCUACCUGGUUGAAAGUCGAGACCCCGACGAGGACGACGAUGAGAACAAACCUUCGCAGAUGGGCAAGGGCGAGUUCGGUUUGAAGCGCAAGAAUCUGGAAGCUAUCAAGAUGGAAGAUCCACCAACUCCAUGGGAAUUUUACAUCAUGCGACAAGCAAAGCGACGGCUAGGCGUAUCUCGAGCGGCUGAUUCGAUUGUUCACGCGUACGAGAUGCACGUCUUCAAAGACGAGUGCUAUUUGGUAGAGGAAUUCAGAGACCAGGGUACGCUGCUCGACCUUGUGAACCUCUCUCGCGGAGACAACGGCGUCAUGGACGAACAGUUGGCCAUGUUCUUUACCAUCGAGUUGUUCCGCACAGUCGAAGCGCUACACUCCAAGGGUGUCAUUCACGGCGAUCUGAAAAGCGACAACAUUCUCGUCCGGUUCGACGCGUUACAAAAAGAUGAGCACUGGGAUUCCGAAUACAAGCGCGAUGGACGUGACGGCUGGUCUGCCAAGGGUAUCUCACUGAUCGACUUUGGCCGUGGUAUCGACAUGAAGGCCUUCAAGCCAGAUGUGCAGUUCAUCGCCGACUGGCCCACUACCGAAGCCGACUGUGCCGAGAUGCGCGAACUACGCCCGUGGACCUACCAGAUCGACUACCACGGUCUCGCUGGAAUUGUUCACAACCUAUUAUUUGGCAAGUACAUAUCCACGAUCGCUGAGCGUGGCGCUACUCUUGGUGCCGGAGCGACGAAGACGUACAAGAUCAAGGAAAGCUUGAAACGAUAUUGGCAGACUGAUAUCUGGCACUCAUGCCUUGAUUUACUGUUGAACCCACUCAUGCACCUUGAGGGUGAAGAGGGGAACAAAUUGCCGGUACUGAAGGGUAUGAAAGAGGUGAGGGAGAAGAUGGAAGAGUAUCUUGAGAACAACUGUGAGAAGGGCGUUGGAUUGAAGACUCUUAUCAGGCGCAUGGAGGAUGCAGUGAAGAAGAGGUGA